GGUCAACUUAACGACCGGGCCGCAAUUGGUUUGCACGUUAUCUUUCCAUUGGCGAGACCUAUAAGUCCAUACAGAUUCUCCGGUUAGAAGUCUUAUCUCCGUCCAACAGCAGCUUCGUGGCCUCGCCUCUGAUUUAGAAUCGUCCGAGCACUGACAAAAGCCUCGCCUGCAUGAACUAUAUAAUGAAGUAAAGGCGUGCCGAUAUGUCACAGAUACCGAGACCUGUACCUAUACCAUAGGCAUCAAUAACUCCCGGCCUUCGAGAUGCAUUUCGGCAACCACAGACUCAUUGGCGCUGCCGCCAAGAUCCCCGUCAACAAGCCCGUGGCAGUCAUGUCUGUCAGUCCCAUAGUUCUCCCCACGCCCAACCGACGUCUUGAUAUCGAGUUGCGAGUAACGGCCCCUGUCACGGGAGAUAACUUGCCUAUCAUAAUACUCUCUCAUGGCCAUGGACCAAGCAACUGGCUCUCGUCUUUGAACUCCUGCGCGCCAUUGUACGAGUUCUGGGGCGCACAUGGAUUUGUUGUUCUCCAGCCCACGCAUCUGUCGUCCAGGUUCCUCGGACUUGACAGCGCUCCGCCGGGACAAGAAAUGUUCUGGCAGUCGAAUGCGGAAGAUUUAGUCCAUGUACUUGACCACCUUGAUGACAUCGAGACAGCUGUUCCAGCACUCAAGGGACGUCUCGCCAAGACCCAAAUUGCCGUGGCUGGGUACUCCUAUGGCGCUUUCACUGCUUCUAUGCUGCUCGGUAUGGACAACACCGACCCACGUGGCAACGGUCCUCCGGUACGCCUCUUCGACGACCGCAUAAAGGCCGGUGUUAUUCUUGGGGGAACCGGGGAGGGUGGUGCAAAGCUCAAAGACACACUCAAGGCCAUGACCCCCUUCUACGGCCCCGACUUCAGCAGAAUGAUUACACCAGCUCUCGUCGUCUACGGCGACGAAGAUAUAAGCCCUCACCUGAACUGCGGCGCAGAGUGGCAUGCGGAUCCUUACACGCAAGCUCCGGGCCCAAAAGACCUGUUCACCGUCAAGGGCGGAAAGCAUGGGCUGGGUGGCAUCAAUGGCUGGGAUGUGGCAGAGACCGAGGACGAGAGCCCGGAAAUGCUGGGAGCCGUGCAGCGCAUAACUUGGGCGUACUUGAGAAGCCAGUUAGUAGAGGGCGACAACACCUGGCGGGAAGCCUGUGAGGCCAUGGUCGGGCUCGAGCAACUUGGGACCGUGGAAAGUAAAGGGUUUUAAACGGGGUUAUGCUGGAUGUUUUAUUGAAGAGCGUGUUGUGUUCGUCUGGUAAAUACAUGUAUGUAAUUCCAGCGAACGCCAUAUAUCAUACAAUCCGAAAUCUUAUCCGAGAACUUCUCCA